UCUUUUACUGCAAUAAACGCAAUCAAUGGCGAUUGAAACCCCAACCCCAUGUGCUUCUUCCUUCCUUUUUAUAUCACCUGGUCAAUUCUCUCUCUAAACCGACUGAAACCGGAUUCAGUCAAGUAGGAGAUAUUCCCAAUGUAAGGUGGUAAAUUCUGUUCGAACUGAAGCCGAUCUCAAAGCGACUACCAAAACAGAUAAAAACUUUAAUAAAUAUAAGAAAAUGAGGAACACACAGCAAAAGAACACGAAUUAUGCUUCGCGCUACUGGUCUCAAUCACAACUCAUCACACCGACUGCGUAUCAGCCCCUGUAUGAUUAAUGUGCGUUAAAUAUCAACCAAACAGCAACUUCAGUUUCCGUCCUUUACUGAUCCUCCAGUCCCAUCCCAUCCGUCUGAUUCCUCUCUUUCUUCCCUUCCAUUCAUUUAUGAUGAAAACACAGGCACUACUUUCAGCAAGUUCCAUCUUCUUGGACUCUGUAAAUAAAAGUUAUUUAUAGAAACACAGAAAAGUUUUGGGAUCUGGGUUUCUGGGCUUUUGCUUAUCUUUCGAUUGUUUAAUUGAUUAUGGAUUUUUCUCUGUUACCCGUUUUGGGUUUUGCAUUUCUUUUACUGGAUUCCUGUUUUUGUUUUUCUUCUCCACUUCAAGACCAAGAGAGAGACAGGAUCAUCCAGUUGCCGGGACAGCCGAACAAUGUUGGGUUCUCUCAGUACUCAGGAUACGUCACAGUUAAUCAACAGGCAGGCCGGGCCUUGUUUUACUGGUUAGUCGAGGCACCGGCGAAUCGUCGGCCCGAGUCGAGACCACUAGUGUUGUGGCUCAAUGGAGGGCCUGGGUGUUCAUCGGUGGCCUAUGGAGCCGCCGAAGAGAUCGGACCUUUUCAUAUCCGUUCAGACGGAAAGACCCUUUUCCUCAACCCCUACGCUUGGAACAAUUUGGCAAAUCUGCUUUUCCUAGAAUCUCCAGCAGGAGUUGGUUUCUCGUAUUCGAAUACUUCGUCUGACUUGUACACUGCCGGUGACCAGAGAACAGCUGAAGAUGCAUAUGCUUUCCUUGUCAAUUGGAUCGAAAGGUUUCCCCAGUAUAAGCACCGAGACUUCUACAUUGCUGGAGAAAGUUAUGCAGGUCACUAUGUUCCUCAAUUGUCUAAACUCGUUUACGAGAAAAACAAGGGAAUUCAGAAUCCUUUUAUUAAUUUCAAAGGUUUCUUGGUGGGAAAUGCUGUUACUGAUGAUUACCACGAUUAUGUGGGCACUUUCGAGUAUUGGUGGACCCAUGGUUUGAUUUCUGAUGCUACUUAUCGAAAUCUAAGAGUUGCAUGUGAGUUUGGAUCAUCACAGCAUCCUUCUGUUGCAUGCAUCAAGGCUCUUGAUGCUGCAGAUAAAGAGGACGGAGAUAUUGAUCCUUACAGCAUAUUUACACGUCCUUGCAAUAACACAGCAUCUCUCAGGCACAACUUAAGGGGCCAUUAUCCUUGGAUGACCAGAGCAUAUGAUCCCUGCACUGAAAGGUACUCUACAAUGUACUUUAAUCAACCAGAAGUGCAAAAAUCACUCCAUGCCAAUGUAACUGGCAUUUCCUAUCCGUGGAAAACAUGCAGUGACAUUGUUGGGGACUAUUGGGCAGAUUCUCCAUUAUCAAUGCUUCCUAUUUAUCAAGAGCUUAUUGCAGCUGGCCUCCGAAUUUGGGUAUUCAGUGGAGACACCGAUGCAGUGGUGCCUGUGACUGCAACUAGAUACUCUAUUGAUGCUCUAAAGCUACCAACAGUUAUCAAUUGGUAUCCCUGGUAUGACAAUGGAAAGGUUGGUGGGUGGAGCCAAGUGUACAAAGGCCUGACCUUUGUGACAGUAACAGGUGCUGGGCAUGAGGUUCCACUUCAUCGUCCUCGAGAAGCUUUUAUAUUAUUUAAAUCUUUCUUAGAGAAUAAGCCAAUGCCUAGCUGACGCAUUCAAUCUGAUUGGUAUGUGUUCCCCCAACAAUAAGGAAGAUUGAUUUAUAGAAGAGUUAACGAGUGGGGGCUCCAGAAGAAAGAAAUAAAAGGAUAUGAAGGACCUGCACACCCAGUUCAUGCAUGGUGAUAGCAUUACGUUCAUGCAAGGAUUCUAAUCUCCUUUAAUCACAUGGUUUCCACUAUCUUUGUAGUUUAAUGAUUCUAUACAUAUGUAAAAUUUUCAGCCAAUAUAGUCCACUGUGAACAAAUUUUGAACUGCUCAAGGCUUUGCCAUGAUUAGAAAUUAUUAGAAGGCACAACCUUGAGAAGCAUUGGAGGUUAGUUAAUGUCAUACUACAUAUUAAUGAAAUUGAUUCUUUACAAGGCCUGUGCUUCAUUGAAAUG